CACAUACAUACACACACCACAAACACAACAUCAGACUAUCUCUCAAAAAUACAUUUUCUUGUCUCUCCAUUUUUUCCAUAAGAAAGUUUCAAGAAACAGAACAAAAAAUUUCAAGAAGUCAAUGGAAGUGAGUAGCGUAGACGAGAGUACAACGAGUACAGGUUCCAUAUGCGAAACCCCGGCGAUAACUCCGGCGGUGACGUCGGUAAAGUCGUCGGUGAAUCUGCACAGGAUGGGAAGUGGAUCUAGCGUGGUGCUAGAUUCGGAGAACGGAGCUGAGGCGGAGUCGAGGAAGCUUCCGUCGUCCAAGUACAAAGGCGUGGUUCCUCAGCCUAACGGACGGUGGGGAGCUCAGAUUUACGAGAAGCACCAGCGCGUGUGGCUCGGUACUUUCAACGAGGAAGACGAGGCGGCGCGUUCUUACGACGUUGCGGUUUACCGGUUCCGAGGACGAGACGCCGUCACGAACUUCAAAGAGGCAAGGCUCGACGACGGAGAGGUCGAGUUCUUGAAUUCUCAUUCGAAAGCCGAGAUCGUCGAUAUGCUGAGGAAGCAUACGUAUAGCGAGGAGCUCGAGCAGAGUAAACGGCGAAGAAACGGUAACGGAAACACGGCUAGGACGUUGACGUCGUCGGUUAACGGCGACGGUGUUUCCACGACGGAGUUCAGAUCAGCGGAGGCUCUCUUUGAGAAAGCGGUAACGCCAAGCGACGUUGGGAAGCUAAACCGUCUUGUUAUACCGAAACACCACGCGGAGAAACACUUUCCGUUACCGCCGAGCAACGUUUCCGUUAAAGGAGUGCUGCUGAACUUCGAGGACGUGACGGGGAAAGUGUGGAGGUUCCGUUACUCGUAUUGGAACAGUAGCCAAAGCUAUGUGUUGACCAAAGGUUGGAGCCGGUUCGUUAAGGAGAAGAAUCUACGUGCUGGUGAUGUGGUUAGUUUCAGCAGAUCCGACGGUCAAGAUCAACAGCUAUAUAUUGGGUGGAAGUUGAGAUCCGGACCGGAUGUAGAAACGGGUCGGGUUUUGAGACUAUUCGGAGUCAAUAUUUCACCGGAGAGUUCAAGAAACGACGUCGUAGGGAACAAGAGAGUGAACGAUACUGAGAUGUUAUCGUUGGUGUGUAGCAAGAAACAACGCAUCUUUCACGCCUCGUAACAACUCCUCUUUCAUUUUGUUUCAAUAGUUUUUUUCUUUAAUUCCACUUUCGAUCUCUUUUUCAGUUGCAUCAGUUUCUACUUAUUACCAAAGGUUCAUGAGUUCUUUUUCUUGUAAUGAUGAACUGUAUAUUAUAUUAUAUUAUAUAGAAUAAAGGGUUAUUUAGAUCUC